AUGGGGGCGCUGUCGAUGAAAAAGGACAUCCCUUACAGCACAGACCUCGACCGGAGACCGCCCCACACCUACCAGGAAUUCUUGACGAGGGCGCAGGGGUUCAUCAACGCCGAGGAGGCAAAGAAGGCCUUGAAGAGCAAGGCAACAACCCCUGCCAAGAAAGAGGUGAGGCAGGCGAGCAGUCAGAACAACGGCAAGAAGCGCCGAGGUCCCCCUCAGGUGCAAGCUGAGCAGAGGUACAACCCGGCUCUGAGUAGUAGGGCCGGCAACGCCUCGACCAGCCAGGGGGAAAAUAAGCGGCCAAAGACGCAACGGUACGACGCCUACACCCCCCUGACUAUAGGGAUCGAGGACGUCUACCACGAGAUCAGUCAUCUCCAGGUUCUGCGUCGACCACCACCGCUAAAGUCUGACCCUGCACGGAGGAACCAGAACAAAUAUUGUCGGUUUCACGGCGAGAGCGGGCACACUAUAGCCGAGUGCUAUGACCUCAGAGACGAAGUCGAAAGGUUGAUCCGAGAAGGGAGGCUCAGCGAAUACCGAGCCGACCGUCGGAACAACAACAACAGGCGCAACAGCGAUCGACGGGACGAGCAGAGGCAUGAUAACCCGCCCGAACCAGUCAGCGUAAUAAGAACAAUCUUCGGCGGACCAUACCUCAGAGGCACCUCCCGACGCGCGCAAAAGGAGUACGCUAAAGAGGCAAAAGAGAAGUUCAGUCAAAGGGUGAUGAACGUCUCCGGACGCGAGGCUAAGGCAGCGCGAUAUGAGGAUGCCGAGAUCACUUUCUUGGAGGCCGACGUAAGGGGGGUACACUUCCCCCAGAGUGAUGCCUUGGUUGUCGAGGCCAUGAUCGGUAACCAUACGGUCUGUCGUAUCCUGGUCAACAACGGCAGUUCCGUGGACAUCUUGUACGCGAACUGCCUCGACAAGAUGGGGAUCCCCCGCACGAGGCUCCAGAACAGUGCCCAGCCCCUGUACGGUUUCACGGGAGACAGCGUCAUCCCGGAAGGGGCUAUAGAGCUGCCUAUGACCAUUGGGGACCGACCACACACCUCGAUUGUUAUAUCAAAGUUUCUGGUGGUGAAGGGAGGCGACCAAUACAAUGCGUUCAUAGGGCGUCCGACGCUGAGGGCCUUGAGGGCGGUAACAUCCAUCUACCACCAGGUGAUGAAGUUUCCGACUCCCACUGGGAUCGGCAAGGCCCGAGGAAACCAGUACGAGUCGAGGCUCACGUACUCGGAGACCGUCCGCCACUACGCCGAACCGACCCAGGUCAGCGAAAGACUGGACGAGUUUCUUAAAGGAAGCCUCGACGUGUUCGCCUGGACCCACGAAGACAUGGAAGGGAUAAGCCCUGGCGUCAUGUGUCACCGGCUGAACGUCGACCAGAAGUUUCUGCGUAAGAGGCAGAAGCGUCGACCCAUGAACGCCGAAAGAUCCGAAGCCCUUCGGGAAGAGGUCGACAAGCUGAUCACGAACAACUUCAUCCGAGAAGUCCUGUACCCCGAGUGGGUGUCGAAUCCCGUACUGGUGAAAAAGCCAAACGGGGAGUGGUGA